AUGAACUAAAAUUCCAAUCAAUUACUAGGAUAACCAAAGAAUUAAUUUAAAAUUGUAGAGAGUGUCUAUCAAUAGCAAUAACAAUAACAAUAACCAAGAUAAUAGCUAUCAGUUCAAUAAAAGCCUAUUGAAGAAUCCCAUUGUAUAAGAGUAAUGAGUAAAGAAAUUAAAGCUGUUCAUAGAAUGCAAUUAUGGUUUUAUGGUAAAAAAUAAUAAAAGCUUUACUAAAAAAUGAAAAAAAAACAUAGAUAUAGAAAGAAUGUAAUAGCUGAAAUUAUAAAUACAGAGAGAACAUAUGUAAAUGAUCUAACUGUUAUCUGUGAGAAAGUGAAAACAUCUUCACUAUCAAUUAUUUCACCAAAUGAUGUUGAAACUAUCUUUAUGAAUUGUGAUUAAAUAUUGGCUUGGAAUAGAGAAUUUUUAUUAGAAAUGGAAAAAGGAUAUUAAAAAUAUAAUCUUGAUAAGAAAUUUAUACCAAAACCAUAUCAACCAGUUUUUGAUGGAAAUGCUAAAUAAUUAAAAACUCCAGAUAUAAAUGCAUUCAAAUGUUAUUAUGAAUAUUGUAGUAAAUUUACAAAAUCAAAUAAACAUUUUGAACAUCUCAAAGCAAAUGAUCAGAAGUUUAAAGAAUUUUUAAUAUAACUCAAUAAAAAUAACACUUUAAGAGGAAUGGACCUAGGAAGUUUCUUAGUAAAGCCUAUUUAAAGAUUGCCUAAAUAUAUUUUGUUAUUUAAAGUAAGAUUAAAAUUUAUUAUAGGAUUUAGAAAAAAAUACAGAUGAAGAUUAUCCAGAUUUACCUAAUAUCAAAGAAAUUCAUAAAUAUUUCAAAGAAGUAAACGAAGAAAAUAACAAAUUUAUGGAUAUUUUUAUGGGUAGAUUAUAACUUCAAUAAUUGAGUGAAUCUUUGAAGAUUAAUUAAGAAGAAUUAUUGAAUGAACCUAAUCGAGUUUUUAAAUUUGAGGAGAAAUUAACAAUUAUUUAACCAAAUGCAAAAAGUGAUGAAGAUUGUUAAGUAACAGUCUAUGCUUUAAGUGAUAUGUUAGUAGUUGUACAUGAUGAAAAAGUUUAAAAGAAACUCAAAUUAGAUUCUUUAUCUUUUGUUAAGAAUUAAUCUGACAAUAAUAAGUACUUUAGCAAUUUGUUUCAGAUUGUUGGGGUAGGUGAUACAAUAUAAUGCAUAGCUGAAACCCCAGUUGCAAAAAAGAAAUAUAUUGACUAAUUUGAAAAAUUAAUUUAAGAGAAUAGAGAACAUGAACAUGAAAAAGAGAAAGAACUCUGUAAAUAAUAAAUUAAAAUGCGAUAUCCUGUUUAAGUUGUUGUAGUUGGAACUGAAGAAAGGAAUUUUUAAUCUUUCACUAAACAUACAUAAUAUAUUACUGAAAUUAGUAUUAAUAAAGUGUUUUAAAAUGUAUAUAUCAGAUCUAAUGUAGAUAUUUAUUAGAUACAGUGAAAUUGAAGCUAUGUCUAGUAAAUAUAAGCAAAGAUAUCCCAAAAUUGAUUUACCUUAAUUACCUGAUAAAAAUUGGCUAAUGAGUCACAAGACCAAAUCCAUAGAGGCACGUAAAAUAGCAAUUGAAAACUUCCUUUAGGCUUUGUUACAAGCAAAAGAAUCCUAAUAGGAUCCUGAUAUUUUGAAUGAAUUAAGUAUAUACAUCAUUAUUAAUCUUAUUAGAAUUACCUAAGAAUUUUUUCGAUUUGCCAGAUUUGUAUUAAUCUAUUUUGAAAUCAAAUCUAACUUAGAAAUAGCAGAAUUUUAAAAGAACUACUCUUGAGGGAAAAGAAGAAUUAAGAGAAAAAGGAAUAAAUGUAGAAAAACUGAAAAUAAGUGCUGGGGAAAUUUUGAAGGCUGUAUAUAUAGAAUAAGAGACAAGAAAAAAAAGUGUUGUUUAAAUUUGUCCCAAUAAGGUUAUUUCUUAUGAGAAUUCAAAAGAUCCAAAUUUGCAAAAAGUGAUUAUUACAUUUCCUGAUGGAACUGAAACAGCACUUGGAGUAACUGAACAAACAAGAGUCAGAGAGGUAUUAGAAUUUGUUGCCAAAUACAAUCAUCUCAUUUAUUAUAAAGAUUUUAGAUUAUAUUUAAUUGAUUAAUUGAAAAAACAAAGAGUUUUGGAUGAUGAUGAAGUACUUUAUAAAGUGAUUGAAGAUGAAAGACAAAAUAAUCAUGGAAUAUUAAAUAAAUUGGAAUAGAUGUUAGCCAAGUCAAAUUCAGAGUAUUAGUUAAUUCUAAUUAUAUAGAGUUCUUAUCAAGCUGAAAAAAUACAUUUAUUUGCCUGCCAAAUUAGAAGAGAGUGAUUAUAAAGAAGAUCCGGUAAGGUUAAUCAAUCUAGCCUUUUCUGUAUUAGAUGAUGUUCACGAUUAAAAACUAUAACUUGGAUUUAAAGAAUAUUGUUUAUUUGCUGCACUCUAUUUUCAUAUGAAACAUUAAAGAUUGGAUGAUAAAUUAUUCGGUGAAGUUAGAAGAGUAAUUCCUCAAGAAAUGUUUCAAAGCAGCACAGACAAAGAAUGGAAGGAUCUUGUUACCUAAUGUUUCAAGGCACUUGACAAUGAACUCUCAUAAAUUAGUGUAAAAAUUUAACCAUUUAUACAAGAAAAAAAAUGAAAAUGACUAAAUAUAAAAGAAACCCAACUCCUAAUACAAACAUACAGACAAAAAAUAUUUGGCUGCAGGAGUUACUUUGAAUGCUGCAAGGACCUUCGUUUAAAGCUCUAUGGCCAUCUUUUAAGUGCAAGUUUAUGAGGGAACUCAAAAGUUUUUUAAGAAUUCUGGGCUAGAAGUUCAUCCCACCAUUUAUUUAGGGUUGUCAAUUCAUAAAAUACAUUUUUUAAACCCUUAAAGAAAGGAAUAAUUUAGAGAAAUUGAUUAUGGUCGUGUGAAUGGCGUAAAGUCUUAUCCUAGUUAAAUAAUCUUUGACUUACAAAUAUUUAAGGAACCUAUUAGGUUUGAUACUUACUAAAGUUAUGAAGUACUUAUUCCAUUUUUAAAUAUUAGAUAAAAUCACUUGUUGAAUAAUAUCAAGCUAUCCAAAGAUUUGAUGAAGAAUAUGAAUUGGGUCAUUAAUUCAAUAUUAAACAUUGA